UACAGUCUACACAUUGUGUGCGCAAAAUGUGAUGUUUAACACAAUUAUGAAGACAAGAGUUUUGAAUAUGAGGAUAUAUUCGAUAAUUUAUUUACUGACAUUGUUGCAAUUUGCAAGAUGCAAUGUCUAUUUGACUGCGGAAACUGCCUUCGUCAAAGAAAAUAUGACGCAGAUAUUCACUUGCUCUUCUGAACAGACUGCAAAAUUUGUAGAAUUACUUAAAUAUAAUGACAAGUAUGCCGCAACUAUUGGCUACCCUAAAGACGAAUGUGUUAUUCAAAUAAGAGCAUACGUGUCGAACUGUUCCUGUGUAAGUCCAACAUGUUACAAGUGCACUUCUUAUCCUCUGACAAGGUUGAACUUCACCGAUCCUUGGAUAUGUGUGGGUACUUUCUCUUCUAUAGAAGGCGUUGACAUAACCAGCAAAAGCAACGUGUUACAUGUUGAUCUCAGAGUUCCAAUUGUACUGGUUGACAUAUCGGGAGAAGGGUCCGGUAGUAUUACUAUUCACGAAGGCGAUGCACUUCAGCUUAUUUGUGACGCACCUAAUGGAAUUCCAGCGGCAAAUAUCACAUGGUUCUUUGACAACGCAACAGCACAUUUCUACAGGGAUGACAUUCCUAUUUUGAAUUCAGCGAAAAGCAUUACCGUUGACAAUGUUGAUAAUACAAAAACUGUAACCAGCACUCUUACAUACACUGUGACGAGGCAAAAUCAUCUCAUGGGAGUGUAUUGCAAUGCCAGUAAUAUGGCAAACGACCUCCUUUCUAGCAGGAAGAUUUCUCUGAAUGUUAUAUAUGUACCGGAAGGUAGCAUUUUGAUCGCAAAUAAUACUUACUUUAUGAUAAGAAACUCGGAAACGAUCCAACAGCUGCAGUGCUCUGUGAUAGGAGGCAAUCCGCUCGCAAAUCUCUUUUGGAAAUGUUACAAUGGAAAUCAAACUUACAGCAACAUCACGGAUAGGGCAGUUAGUUCUGUGACUUGGAGGGCAGGGCAUACUACAGAAUCCGUCUGCACCUGUUUUGCCUCGCAUGAAAUGGAUUGGUCUGAUGAGAAGAACGUUACAGUGAAAGUCCUAUAUCCGCCGUUGUCUCCAAUAUGUGAAGUUGGGAACUCCGAAAUUGCACCUGGAACUUUGAACGUUUCCUUGUCUUCCAAUCUUACUUUAAACUGUUAUAGCGAAGCAAACCCUGAACCGAAUUAUUUUAGAUGGAGUCUUCCAAGUGGAAAAACGACACCAGGCAGUAUUUUGUCCAUAUGUGAUAUACAAGCUGAAGAUGGGGGAUCCUAUAUAUUGUCGAUACAAAACUUAAUGUUGCCAAGUGUUGGAAAUCAACAGAAUGGAACGAGAAAUGAUAUGUUUAAUAUCAAUGUUCAAUAUUCGCCGUCGAUUAAAGAUUUGAAUUCGACGAUUACAGCAGCAGAGAACCAACUUCUAAAUUAUUCAUGCAACGCAACACCUGGGAACCCAAAUAAAACCAUAUUUUCAUGGUCAAGAAAUGGGAUGAACAUUUUUGAAAUUUCUAACAGUAUGUUCCUGGUCAUUGAAAACAUAUCUAUUACAGACGAAGGUUUUUAUAACUGUACGGUCGAAAAUUAUAUGGAGCCUACAGGAUUCAACGGAACGUAUGGAACUGACAGCCGCAGUAUCUUCCUCGACGUAAAAUAUGCUGCAAGAAUCGAAUCAUUUCGCGGGUACAACGAUACAAAUGACGAACGGUACAUUGUCGAUCAUGGCGACGAAAUACAAUUGAAGUGUGUUAUAAACGGAGACCCUCAGCCUGAAAUAUACAUAAAAAGAAACGACAAAAUCCUGGCUUCAGUGCUUUCUGGUCUGGAGUUACAAAUGAGCAAAAUAAGUUCUUGCUUGGAAGAUAUAGGAACGUUCACUUGCAAUGCUAAAAAUGAGUUGAAUUUGGAAAUACCAAGUUAUAAAACACUUGAUGUUGAUGUCAAGUGUAUGCCACUGUAUCCUUUAGGAUAUUCGCCGAAGUUGAAUGUCGCUGCCAGGUCCGGGGAAGACGUGAUUUUAACGUUUACAGUAUUUUCGAAUCCACCACCAUUUUCUGCAUUGUGGUCUUUUAGACAGGAUAUGCAACAAAGUCCUCAAAAUGUUACACAAGAUAUAAUAUACAUUUCCAAUGAUAAUAUGACAACCGACAUAAGGAUCUCAAGAAUAAAACCGGAUGAAUUCGGAGAGUAUUCAGUUACUGUACACAACACCCUGGGAUCGAUUAGUGAAACAUUCUUUAUAACUCCUGAAGGACCACCAGAAAAGCCUUCGCAUUUUGUUGUUAAAGAAGAACUUAUUACUGACACCACAGCUGUAGUUGCUUGGAAACCUUCAUUUAACGGAGGCUAUCUUCAAACAUUCUAUGUUCUUUGGAGACAGGUCCUUACAAACAAUUGGUUCUCUGCAGACGCAGGGACUUACGCUAUUAACUUCACAAUCACAGAGCUGAUACCAGGAACAAAAUAUGAGGCAAAAAUGUAUUCUUCCAAUAUUAACGGAAAGUCGGGCGAAUCUGAUCUUAUUACAUUUUCAACAAUUGAGACCGUAAAAGUAGAAUCUGUUCAGAUUGGCGUUGCAAUAAUUUCGGGGAUAGUUUCUGGUGUUGCUGCCAUGGCCAUUGCUGUUAUCAUUGUUUUAAUUGUGUUGCGGAGGAGAUCAAAAGGAACAAAUGGACGGUGUGACCGAGGACCACAAUUUCACGAAAUGGAAUCCGUUUAUGGGAAUCUGGCAUCAGAUCCUGACAUACCAACAAGAUUCGAUGAAGAAAAAAAUAUGUAUGGGAACUUGCCUGCUAAUUAUUUCUCUAGGCGAACCAUAUCGCUUGACUUAUUGCGAAGCGCAGUGAAAGAAUUAAAAAAGGAACCUGUUCCCUUUUUUAAAGAGUUCUAUUCGCUACAAAUUGGCCUAAAAUAUCAUGCUGACGAAGCAGUGAAGUCUCACAACAUUGACAAAAACAGAUACAGGGACGUCUAUCCAUACGAUGCUUCAAGAGUGAUUUUACCUGGAGAUCCGGCUGAAGAUUACAUUAAUGCCAGUUAUAUUGACGGAUAUUGUCAAGAAAAGCGAUAUAUAGCUGCACAAGGGCCUCUUGACAAUACAGUUUCGGAUCUUUGGCGAAUGAUCGAUGCAGAAAAUGUGCAAGCCAUUGUCAUGGUUACCAAUCUUAUAGAAGCUGGCACGAUAAAAUGCUGUCAGUACUGGUCUGAUCGUCCCGUAACAUACGGGAAGUGUUGUGUGAGUCUUGAAAGAAUUGAGGAAUAUGCUGAUUAUGUUGUUCGGCACAUAGUUUAUUGCAUGGAGGGUUCAAAAAGCGAAAAAAUGGUGAAACAAUACCACUAUACCGCAUGGCCUGACAAAGAUGUCCCAGACUCGGCACUGUCAAUUGUUCAGUUCUGGAGAUUGGUGCGGAACAGCGAAAUGUCAGCUACUUCACCAUGGCUUGUUCAUUGCAGCGCUGGAAUAGGAAGGACAGGCACAUUUAUUGCACUAGACUAUCUUCACGAUCAGGGAAAAACAGAGGGCAGCGUCAAUAUUCCCCGAGCAGUUGACGCUCUUAGAGAGCAGCGAAUAAGCUUAGUUCAGACAAAGGAACAAUACUUGUACCUUCACGAAGCCCUUGCAGAACUUCAUGAUCCUAUCGGAGAGAUAUAUGCUGUGGAGAACUUUCUUCAAUUGUACAAGAAGAGCAGAUUGCAUGCCACAGAAGACAAUGAAUUUAGGGAAUUGUGCGAACUUCUUGUGGCUUGCAAUACAGAAGAAAGAGACACUCAGAUUAAGAAGGCACCGGACGGUGCUUUGGUGGAAAAUCUUAUCAAAUCAUUUGACAGAAAGAUACUACCAGACGACACGUACCGCCCAAAGCUGACUAUACGUAGGCCAGGGGAAAACGACUUCAUCAACGCGAUCUUCAUACCGACAAUAAGACAGAGAAACAAGUUUAUCCUGACACAGUGCCCACUGGAGAACACUGUUGUUGAUUUUAUUCGGCUGCUCUGGGACCACGCCAUUAAAAACGUCGUUGUGCUUGAAAGCGAGGUUGAUAAGAACAGUUGUUUUUGGCCUCAAGAAGACAAACCUAUAUAUUUAGGACCUUUUGUCGUCAGUUUGAUGUUAACUCAGAUGAAAAACAAAUGGAUUGUUCAGACCAUCAACAUAUCAUUACCGGAAAAGAUGCAACACCAGGAAGUAACAACAUAUCAUGUGACUACUUCAACAAAUUGGGAAGAAACCCUAACGAUACUAGAUUUGCUAGUGUUGGUCAAUAACCUGCCUGGGCCUCUAGUCGUUCAAUGCCGGGAUGGUUUUACCAAAAGCGGUUUAUUUGUCACAUUACUGUGUAUCAGUGACCGCAUCACCACUGACAGGCAGGUGGCAAUAGCAGAAACUGUUCGCAUUGUUAAACAAAGAAGACAUUCAGCUGUCACGAAUGUGGAUCAAUACAGAAUGUGUUACGAUGUCAUAUACGAGCUCCUUAUCAACGCACAGAAAAAAGAGGAGGUAAAAAUGGAAUAUGUGAACAUGCAAUUCCCAAAAUAUGAUCAAUAGACUGAACAUUUCAAUGCAAUGAAGGCUUCAAGGUCAUACACGCUCUUCUUAUGCAAGCCCUUCAAAUAAACGUACCGGUAUCAUUGCGAUAAGAAAGCACCUGUGUUGUUAUGUGUUCUUUCUUGUCUGACUUACUUUGUCAUGAACAAAGGAGAUUUGUUGAAGAUUUAGGUUAAGAAAUGUUUUUGCCUACGUUAAACAUUGUCAAAUAUCAAGAGGAUAUCCAAGCUAAAUAUACAUGCAGUACGAAAACCUAUGUCUUAGAAGUUUGUUUUGCGUUUGCAUUUUUUAAAUAUAUUUUCUAUAAAUCUUAUUUGGAUAACAAUACUAAUAUGCUAUGAUAUUAAUGCUAACCAUACUCUUUUAUAGUUUCAAUAUAAUUUAUUCCAAAAUAGUUCUUGAUUAUAAACUGUGUUUCAGUGAUCAUAGCACCCGCACAUUCACCAUCUUGUCGUCCCUAAGAAAUUUUGAAUUAUAAUGUAAUACAAGUAAUAACAAUUUUACCAGGUAAAUAUUAAAACUGAACAAACAAAUUUAUGGUAAUUUUCUCCUUUUUAAGAGCUUUGUUGUUGAAAAAAAAUGGCAAUAUGUAGUGUCCGUAACCUAUCUGGUAACAUUGAUAUUUUUUAUUCAAUUUUAAAAGAUAUUUUAGCUAUUAAACGUGUUUUUGUAUUCAACCCAAUGAAAUACAGUUUUUAUGUGGUUUUUUAUAUUUAAUUGAAUAAAGAAAUCUAAUACAUAACGUAGUGUCCGUUACGAAUAAUUAUGCAUUUCUUAGUAAGAUAUGUAUUAACUUUAUCUAUAAACAAUUCACAACUUCCCUAUAAUUUUGAAAGCAUUAAAAAAAUGAAAAAUCAAUAACAGUUUGAUAUAAACACAUUCUAUUUCAAUCCAGUUUGAUCUUUUGUUAAUAUGCAACGAUGUCAUAUUUAAUGACAUAGACAUCAGAUAAUAGCACAGAAGGUAUUUUGGCUGCUAGACUUGUCAAUGUUAUUCCUUUGUGUCAUUAUAUUCAUAGCAUAACGUCUAGUAGAAAUUAGAGUGUGAUUCCAGCAAUAUCUCCUAGAUAAAUUUAAUGAAUAUAUUUGUAACUUAGUCUCUUCGUUCACUUUAUAAAAUAUAUAAAACUUUGGUGUUACACUGAUAGUUUAUAUUGCAAUGCCCCUUGGGAAAUAUCUUCGUUAAUAAUUGUGACAUAAACUUGGGUUGAAUUGUCUUUAAAACACGAAGUUCGUCCAAUGGCAGUAAGUUAGGUACAUCACAAAUAGUAACUCACAAUUACUGAUUUAAAAUGAACUAUUGUAUGCAGAUAGUGAAUAAAUAAAAAUGAAAUUAGUUAAAAAAAAUUGCGAUCUUAAAAAUGACAUGGUAAAGAUGUUGAUAUAUAAGAACACUACCAUGAUACAGUUAAUUAAAACAUAAUAAAGUAAAACAUUACAUUGUGAAGCAAUUUACAGCAAACCUAAAUCAUAUAAAAGCACAAAGAUUUAGUCACCCUAGCGACUUUUUGUCAAAAUAUGUAUUCAUAUUUUCGUAUGUAUAUCGUUUGUGAAAUUACGAUUGAUUUUUUCGAUUUAAAAUGUUAAAUAAUUAUUGUUUAUGUGUUAGUUCGCCAU